CCUGACCGAAAAAAACAAAACGUUUUGUUAAAUAAGUUUACUCACUUAUGGGGGUUUUUGUGGUGAUUUGAAACUUGAGCAAAGUGUUACUUUUUUUUUUAAUUGACCUAUUAACACCUAUCCAGUUUCGGUUUUUUGUGUUUGCGGUCGCAGUCACAUCGGUUUAAAAACUAUCAAUUUGAAUUUAAAAAUGCGAAAUAUUGAGAUUAAGGCUAAAGUUAGGGAACUCGCGAGGCUAAUCGAGAGAGCAAAAGCCUUAAGUGAGACUCCUGGUGAAAUAAUAAAACAACACGACACUUUUUAUUCAGUUGUGAAAGGCCGGUUAAAGUUACGGAAAUUUGAGAGCGGAGAUGCGCAAUUGAUAUAUUACGAAAGACCGGACGUCGAAGGACCAAAAUUAUCAUCGUACGAGAAGACAUUUAUAAAUUCUGAAGGGGUCCAAGACUUACAUAAAGUGUUAGAUAAGGCUUUGGGUUCAAAUGGAAUUGUGGAAAAAGUUAGAUAUUUGUUUAUGGUGGGCCAAACUAGAGUUCAUAUUGAUUCUGUGGAGAAUUUGGGUGAUUUUAUGGAACUCGAAGUGGUUUUGAAGCCUGAACAGAGUCCUGGAGAUGGGGAGAAAAUUGCUUUGGAACUCAUGGAGGAUUUAGGGGUUGGGAAGGAAGACCUACUGUCGGGGGCAUACACGGAUUUGCUCAAACAAAAGGAGCUUCAUUAGAAAUAUAUGCCAUGAAUAAUAAAUAAAUACUUACUAAAAUCAAUUGUAUCAGUUUUUAUUAAGAUGUUUGAAAAUUCAAAAUUUAAAAGAAGUACAAUAUUCCAUUUCUGAAUAUAUGAAAAACACCAUUUACAUC